CAUUCGAUUGUCCUUGGUUCACUUAGUAAUCUAAAGAACUGGAGCAUUCUCGUUCUCACCCAAUAAGUCGGGUCCUGUAGAGUAUGACCGUAUCAAGACGUCACCGGUUACAUUGCCGACGAUCAACAGAGAUUCAACGUCUGAACGAGUGCCACCAGGGAGAAUUUCGUUAAUUAGUUAAAAACCAGGAGGUAGCACAAUCUUAGAUUUACAUCCGCGGUAAGUAAUUUUCCAAAUCGAAAUAAUAUCGCGAAACAACAUCUCUUCACGCUCCAUCCAUCCAUAUUGAUUACCCCAAUUCCGAUCCGAUAUGAAUCCAAUCUUGCGCAGAGGCUCCCUGUUGAGGGUGGUCAAUCCGUCGACCCCUUCACUCUACCGUUCCAGGAAGGUCUCUCCUCUGUCAUGGCGGACCUACGCUCAUAGUUCCUAUGGCGGGGAAGGGGAGACGAAAGCUCAACAGCCCAACAAUCCGCGGAAUACUCCCACGCGAGACAUUGAACAUCCAGGACCAUCUGCCCCAGAUGUCAGCAAGGGCUCAACAGCAUCUUCAAGCUCUCAGCCCCGAUCCUCUACAUCCCAAGAAGAUCGAGAUAAGGAGGAUUCAGAAGGUAGACCUAUUCGGAUGUCACCCUCCAACGACGCAAAACCAACGAUUACUGACGGACGCCAUUCACCCAACGUUGACUCUGAAGGCAACGUGAAGUCAGAUGUGCCCAAUGAUGUGAAGAAACAUAACGAAGAGAUGGAGCACCGGUACGAUCGACCUUACAAUCAACUUGGGAAUGAAGGGAAACCACCGAAAGGGUUUUGAGAAAGGCCACAAGCCUGGACGAGUGGUGUGGCUCGUGGCGAUAUCCCUUAUGGUCGGGUGGAAUUGGGAAAGUUACUAUAUGAUUAAUUGAAUGGGACGCGGUUUAGAAAUUGAAACCCAUUCGAAAACGGCAUUUGGUGGAUCAUCAUUCGCAUCCCAGUCUUGAUAUAGGCCCGAGCGCGCAACGAUGCUAUAAGUUUUUACUCCCCAGGGCCCUAGAUAGAUUCUUAGGUGCUACAAACUUAAGGUUAGACGUUCGUACUUCCAAAUCGUAGACACUCAUGUGGCUUAAAUUUUGUAUAUCUACUCCGUACGUCUUUCUGAUCUUGACCACCCUGGGGAAUUAGGUCACGGUUCUAUUGCCACGGAGUCAUGAUGGAACCGCCACGAGGCUGGAGAAAGGCCACGGGUUCCUGAACGCGGAUCUCCCGCGGUCGCCGCCAAGCAAACCCAUCGCUCAGGAGCAUCACUCACAGCACCUACGCA